AGCGCAGUCAAUUACUGGCUGGCCCCUUCUGCGAUAGGUUGCUUCGGCUGUCUUCCUGGGUCUACCUAGCUUUAAGGACAUCGUCUUCAUGUGUAUCUUCUGCUCGAGAAACUAAGGCGCAGGAACCUAAGCGGCCGGUGGACCCAGGAAGUCGUCGGUCGUGAUGCAGGAGCCCGCCACAACGAACUCGACCUUAACGAAGAGGAUGCGGACGUCCACGGCGGAGAUGACAGCGGUGCCUUUGCUUCAGGCUCUGCUCUAUCAGCUGCGGAGCGACCUGAACACCACCCGCAUGGCCUUCGACAGCGAGCGAGCAGCCAUGAGGGCGCUGAAGCGAGACAGGGCCGCCGAGAUAAAGGCUGUGCGUGAAGAGGAGGCCGAAAAGUGCAGGAACUUGCUCAGCGACCUCAAGUCCAGGCUAGAGCGUGACCACGAGAAUGCCCUUCAGCGCCAGAAGGACGCCAUUACGAAGACGCUAAACAGCGGAAUGUUGCAUGAGCUCAAGACUAAAGACGCCGAAAUGCGUCAAGCACUCAAAGAAGCUCAAGCACGAGAAGAGUCGUUAAAGCUUCAACUUCGAGACGCCGUACGUGCUGGUCGUGACGCCGCUGGCGCCCAGCAAACUGGCGCCAGCAGUGGAGCCAUUCAGAAGCUUCAGCAGGAGGUCACAGAACUCCGCUUGCAGAACAAGCAGUUGGAAGAGAGACUGCAGGUGGUGACAGAAGCGGACCGACAGAAAGCAUACGAUCUCAGAUCGCAGCACGAGGAACACGAAAUGAAACUGGUGCAGCUGAGGAAAACCUCACAACUGGAGACACACAAACUCCUUGGGGAGCUGAAGUCCAAGGAACGCACAAUUCUGCAGCUGGAACGGCAGCUGAACCUGCAAACUGGACGGGUCCAGGAACAACGCGAGCGGCUGCUCAAGCGCCAGCACGAGGCUCACACCCGUGAGUGCGAUUGUUCUGAAGUAAAUUACACAAGAGCCCGAGAGAAACGCCUGGUCCAGCGCCUUGGAGGACAACAUACCAUCAUGAAGAAGGCAGUGGACACGCAUGCGCAGGACAAGAAGGAGAUGGUCCGGAAAGUGUGUGAUCUGGCGGGAGAAUUGCCUGCACGCCAACAGCCGCACAAGAACGCGAAACAUUUAGCGUCUGAGACGCAGGUCUCAGGCGACUCUGAUGAGGAGCUGGAAACUCGGCAUAGAGACGUAGGCACUAGAAACAGAGCAACUGGGGAACUCCAGGAAGAGACCAAAGAUAAAAAUCGGAAAUUCGAUCAGCUGACGAAUAGACAUCGAAAAGAAGAGAUGAGGAGAUAUUACAGGCACUUCAUGGAACUGGAACCCGUAGUGGAACUGGAGGAAGACUCUGGAGGUGGAGAGGACUCUCCCACGUCAUCUAGCUCUCCUUCUCUCUCGCCACAGUCUGAUCCCGAAGACAUGUGGGCAAAGCUGCCUGAUAAACGGUACCACGACACCCUGUAUUCAUGCCUGCUGAAGGAGCACCUGGAACUCCAGCGUGAGUACCAGUUCCUGCAGACACGACUCAAGAAGGAGCUCGCAGAGCCAAACAGAAUUCGUCUGAGGUUGGAGCACGAAUUGGCUGCAGCUAGAACGCACGCUCGGAAACUGAAGAGAAAGCUUGCUGACCAGGAAGGUGGAAGCUCUGUACUGAAGGAGAGAAUUGCGGCUCUACAAGCCGAGGUGCACGACUUACGUGAGCAGAAUGAAUUGCUAGAAUUUCGCAUCCUUGAGCUGGAGGAAUGCCACGAGAAUUUGUCCGUGAGAAGUCACGGGCCAGACACACGUGACGUGUGGACCGAUACGGAGAGUGACGACGUCAGUGACUCGGGCGUCCAGUCCUCCCCAUCCAGUGACACUGACGACAAUAGAAUGGAGAUACGGAAUGAGGAGCUCAAGGACCGCCUGCUGGAACUCUCCAAGACGUCCUCCAGCACUGCAGACCGGUGUUGUCUGCAGCAAGUUCUCGUGCUGCUGGAGAACUACGAGACGCGCAUAGAGGAGGUACCGCAGGACAGCCCGACCGGGGGUAGAGCACUGCGAAAUCCAUCGGAGACGGCCGGUAUCAAUGAUUCUUCGAAAUUGACGAGCAGAAUCAUAGCAACGGUUCUCCCUUUUAUUGACCAAAGCGUUGACACAGACAAGAACAGCAAUGACAGAGAAGGAGACGAAAUCAAGAAGCAACUAAAGAAUGCUGAAUGUUUGCAAGAGAGUGGAAUAUUCGAAGAUGUUGAAUAUAACUCUCAAGGAACUCAGACUGACAGUAUGGACGUAGAGCCUUUAGUUGGAGAAGGCAAGACCUGUGUCGUGGGGGAUCUAAGUGCAGAGAUCCAGAGGCUGAACCAGUUCCGGGAACGUGUGGAAGAGGCCGGAAACUGUUGCGGCAACAGGAAGUUGCUCCGGGUGGGCGAAGGAAGGGUAGACGAGCCACCUCCCCAGCAGAAGGAGCUGCAAUAUUGUCGGGAGCGACUACAGCUGCUGGAGGACAAGGUCCUCGUGUAUGAGAGCAAUGGGGAAUUACAGACGCGCCUCCUUGCAGAGCGCCUGCAGAGGGAAGUUCUUCUGUCCGCGCAAGUUAAGGACCUCACAGCCAAAGUCCAGCAUUUCGUCGUCGAAAACAGGCGCCUGGAGGAAGAGAAGUGUGAGUUUGAGGAGGCCGAGAAUGACACGCGUCUCAAGUGUCAGAAGUUGGAAGUGAAGCUGGCCGCUUUGAGCGAGAAGAAGGCCGACCUUCAGACUCAGUUGCAACAAGAACGCCGCACCAUUAACAGGCUGAGGAGCACACUCUCCGAAAGCGAGAGGAAGGAGCAGGAGUCUAAGGCCCAGUUGAACUACUUCGAGGCCCUUGUUAACAAGUAUGAACAAAGAAACUAUGAUUUGGAAGAGCGCGAGGUGGAGCUGAGACAUCGCUUGGAGAUGCUGGAGAAUUCCAUGCCCGUCCUUCUAAUGUGGAACAUGUGGAGACUCAUGCAGAACACAGAAAUCUCCCGCGUUGAAGUCACCGACGCCAUGUCCAGCGCAUUAGUAAAGGCGAGCACUGGCAGCUGCGUUGGUGAUAGUGACGGAAGCGUACUAAAUACCUCGCUUCAAUUGUCAGUUAGAAGGUGCCCUGCUUACCCUGACGUAGUUCACUCGUCCAGACUUCGAGAUGUCGAACAGGAACAAGAAAAAACACUGGCAGAGCGUCAUGAAACAGAGAACACAUGGCGAACAACAGAAGAAUGGCUUCGGUCCAGGCUUCAAUUCCUAGAAGCUCAGACAGGGCUUAUGAACGUAGAAAUUCAGCGAUAUAAAGAGUCUGAAGAUAAAUAUAAGAAGAGAAUCUCAGAACUGGAAAAUGAGUUUUAUAUCAUGAAGAAUGGCUCACAGGUGACAAGUAAUAAAGCAUCGGACCCAGCACACAAGACGAGAGCAGAGACUGAAUUAAAUCAGAACCAACCGAUGGAGGUUAGGUCUGUCAAAUGUGGAGAACUGGGAUGUGAGAGAAAGCUGCAAGAACUAUUACAAUCUGAAGCUGACAUGAAAAAACUAAUCAGUGAACUUGAGACAAAGGAAAGGGCAUAUAUGGAGACACUGCAGCAAGCAGAUGAACUGUGGUCCGAUAUGGAAAACUCGUACAAGAAACGCAUUUCUAAAGCCGAAGACAAUGAGUCUAUGUUGAGAGAGAAAGUUAGGAAAUUAGAAGAGAUCGAGACGAAACUCCGGGAGGCGUUCCAACACGACGAAGAGAAUGAGAUGCUACUGGAAAAGAUCCAGAAUAUGGAGAAAAGUGGGAAGAUGUUCACGGAAAAAAUUCGCAUACUUAAAACCGAGAAAGAUCAGCUUAUUGAGGAAAUAAACCAGCUUCGUGACGCACUCCAGACUGUGCAAAAUGAGCUGGAAGGGACAAAGAAAAUGGUGGCACGUCCAAUGAAAGAAGAGCUCCUGAAGGAACGCAAACUUUCUAAAACGUUACAGAACGAGAUCACCAAAUUGGAAAGAGAAUUGCGAGACAAGUCGAACGCCCAGCAGGCACAGAUAAAUGGUCUCAAAAUGCAACUAAGUAAAACAUCGCGAGAACUGGUGGACUUGGAGUGUACCAACGGCGAGCUGAAAGAAGAAGUGGAAACAUUGGAGGCUAAGAUCUCGGAACUGAAGGCAGUUAUUGAACAACAGAAGCAGAAUGAAGAAAAAGUAAUCAUUAAAAUGUCGCAGACCAUCCUACAGAAAGAACAGGAGCUGGAGGAGGCAAAGCGAGAGAUGAGAUACUCACAGACUCCUAACGCCCAGGAGGAGCUGAACCAGGUAGACAAGUCUGUUCUGCAAGAUCUCGGACGAAAGGUCAUCAGGACAGAAGAAACCCUAAAACCAGAAGCAUCGGAGCCGGAGAAAGCCAAGGAAGCGAGGCGGCAGCCCUCAGAAGGGCCACGUACAAAGCCCUGUGGGUGCAGAUGCAGUUGUGAGAAUGAGCAGCCUCCACCGGUUUCGACGACGAAGCAGAAGCCGGUCCUGAGGAGGUGGCUGCUUUCACAGACACUGCAACCGAAGGAGUCUAGCCAUUGGAGACAUUGCUGACGCCGGAAGUGGUGGGGGAACUGGGGCCGGAAGAUGCUACACACACGCAACAGUUACAGGAAAUCAUGUUGGGAAGUGCAUAAAAACAAUUGGAAAUAAUGAGCCUACAGGACUGACACAGACAGGCGUCUCUCGAAGUUCUGGAGCCUGAAGAAGGCCGUGUCAGACCUGCAGAGAAAGGUGGACGGUGACGGAGUAUGCCUCAUCUUUUCUCCUCCGUUAACGAUAUGGAGGACAGCUCCUUGUCCAACACUGCCCUGGAACUGCAAAAUAUGAUGACAGCGCUGCAGAACAGUCUCGCUCUAAGGACAAUAUUACCAUGGCCCUUGCGAACUAUCUGCGCAUGCGCCCUGGCGCGGAGGAAUGUACGUCGCUUUACACCCUUUACACUGAGUCCCAUCUUCUAGAUCUGUUAAGGGAUGUCGACAGCAGAGAGCUCCCUCAGUAUCUCAAGAGUUCUGUGCGAGAUGCGGUGACUUGGUCUGUCCACCUCUUGACGCCAUGAUCACGCUGACGGUGAAACCGAAGGGUCAAGAUGGAGGCGCCGUGGCAUGACCUCAGACACCAAGGCAUUCCACAUCAUGACAGGACCCUCAACCUCGCGGAGUUCAGAGUUCCCUUGGCAUGAAUCAGUCUUCAGGUUUUACUCGUGUGGGACCAGACAGCUUGCUGUUUGGAUGAGAUGUGCCCUAGGAAGUCAUAUCUAGGGCUUUGAGGUAACGUGCUGGAGGUACUCAAGGCAGUUCAGUCAGGCUGGAGGAUCAAGGUUCUGCUCCCGAGAGGUGCACAGAUUUAUCCUUUGCCACCGUGUCCAGACUUUCUCUGAGGACCAUCCAGCCUUCUGUGUAGUGGAUGCCACAAAUUCCUUCCCUGGGCGUAAAUCAAUCAGAUCAUGAAGCUGACCGUUGCUGUCUGUGCAGAACAGAGGUUAAGAAUGCAGCUUGCCGUCCAACACUUCUGAACAUGUAUAGGGAGUGUUACAGCUAAGAAACUGUGCCGAUUUGCGGAGGCUUGAACACGUGUCCGUGUUUCAGAUUUUUUGUGCACAAAGUUUGAAGUCAAUUCCUCAACAGGGCUCUCAUGCAGCUUCUGGAUCCCAGUUGUGAGAUCAUAGCGAGUGUUCGCGCUUACCUCUCGAGGAAGCUCUUCCGAAACAGCCCGAUUCGUUCGUACGGGAAACGGAAAACGAGAAGGAGGUUAUGAACAUGCAGUAUAAAUGGCAUUCCCCUCGUGGACCCCACCACGAGUACGAAAUACGUCUGAAAAAUCUAGUCCACUGUAGAUAAUUGAAUAUCGACCACGAAAAUACGAUGAGAGAUUUUUCCUAUUUUUAUACGAAUUUGUAAUUAAAUUGUCGUGUAUAUAUUAGACUUAGCUGUUUACUGCCAGCACAGACUGGAACCCAUGGACAUUACAUUACUGCAUUAUAUAUAUACAUAUGUGAUCUGUAUUAAAUAUAGCUUUAUAAACAUACUAGUGAUUUAUAACAUCAGAUAAUUACAGUCAUUAUAACUUCAGAAUUUAGCUCUAAUUUUAACGACUAAGCAUGUGUGUUUCUUAGUUGAAUUUUGUACAACAUAUCAAUUGUUUCUGUGCCACAUUAUUGUUACAGCGAAAGACGUAUAAUAAAGUUACAGUUUCAUCAUACGCCGAGUAAAGAAAA